UGUGUGUCCGUAGGUAUGACAACACGCGAUAUUGAUUUCCAGCGAGUCCUCCGCGCGAGUCAGAGAGUCCACGAGUCCCUGCUUACAAGCGUUAGCUAACGUCGUCCAGAAUGUGGCAAGACAACGAAGUCAAAUUUGACAUUUCUCACUCUAAUAUGCAGUUACGGCCUGGCGAGCUCACCGUUGACAAACUUGACAUGGUAGAAGAUACCAAGGGCAACGCCGGGGAUCUAGGAAGACUGAUCGUCACCAACUUGAGGGUCAUAUGGCACUCGUUAUCCUUGCCACGAAUCAAUUUGAGCAUAGGAUACAACACAUUUGUCGCGGUGAAUACGAAAAUUCUUCAUACGAUUCAUGGCGCAUAUGUACAAGCUCUUCACGUACUGACCUCCUUUCGAAAUUGCCGAUACGAGUUUAUAUUUACGAAUCACGACGCUAAAAGUACGAGACAUUACACCUCGGUCAUAGGCGUCUACAGGGCUUACGCGUCAUCGAAAAUCUAUCGAGAGAUUAAACUCAGAAGCGGUAUCAUACAUGAAAAUCGGCUGGUUUUAUUGCCUCAAGAAAAAGUGCAAUCUUCCGUGCAAGAUGUCUGGAACUUGUCCGUCGAACAGGGGAAUAUCGGAACUUUUAUUAUAACAAACAUACGUUUGGUGUGGUAUGCGGAUGUGAACCAUCAGUUUAACGUAUCGAUUCCUUAUCUUGCAAUUGGAAAUAUUACUAUAAGAACGUCGAAAUUUGGGCCAACUUUAGUUAUUUUAAGUACAGAGGCCAGCGGAGGAUAUGUCUUAGGUUUUCGCGUCAAUCCCUUGCAGCAGCUUCACAUCACUCACAAAGAAGUGUCGAUACUCCGUUCGGAAUUUGAAAAAUUUCCCAUUUUCGGGGUGGAAUAUACAUUUGAACACCAGGCACCUUCGCAACAGGAGAUUAGUGUAGAACAUUUCACCGAGAUACAAGAUAAUCAAGGUGAAAUAUCGAAUGUACUUGGUUAUUAUUUCUCCGAGGGGGAGACAGGUCAGAGGAAGCCAAAUUUUUCGAUUCACUUGGGACUCGCGGCGGAGGAGCCAAGAGAAGGCAGUACAUUGCAAAGUUUAUGGGAACUCGUACCGUCGUCCGCCAAUUGAAUUAAUCUACAGUGAUCGUUGAAAAAAUUUCAAGUCUCUCUCUCUGUGUAAUAUUAAUGUUGUUGACAAACUCAUGAACGAAAUUUAUGUAUAACAGUGCUUUCUCGUCAUUUUAUCGUAGGGGAGAAAAAUAAAAUCCAUUUUAUACAAAGAGAUAUAACGUGAUAUAUUAUUAAUUCUACAUCUUAUAUAAGAAUCUUGAAAUAUAAUAACUUGUUCAAGUUUUUUUUUCUUGCAUCUCUUAACAAUAUGUCCACAAUGCCUGGCAAAUAAGAUUCUAUCCUGCCCUUGAUCUUGCCACAAGAGCUUAGAUUAUUACAACAAAAGUGCUUCGAGAAAGAAGAAAUAUCGGUGAAAGGAGAAAA